UGGAGUGUCGAAAAUCAGCAGUCACUGUCGUCCUCUCGACGCAAAGCUAGCACAAGCUAAACUGCGUAAUUUCAUGCGUGAUGUAGCUGAACGCGAAGAGGAGUAUCGAUACGGAGUCUGCAUAAUUUUUUCUUUCUAGAAACAUCCUUUCAAAGCUGCAGCGUGAUGUACAAUUUCUCGUCUAUGCCGCAGUAGCCACUCUUCAAAAUGAGCAAGCGACUGUUAGCUACCAAGCUAAUAUAGCAAUAUAUAUCGUUUAUAUUGAUUGCUAGGGAGCUAAUCGACCUGUGAAUAAACUGUAAACACUGACAGAUAACAUGGCAGAGUCAUCGCCACUAUCAGGUGUUAAUGUUGUUUUGGUCAUGGCCUAUGGAAGUUUGGUGUUUGUGCUGUUGUUUAUCUUUGUCAAAAGGCAAAUCAUGCGUUUUGCAAUGAGAUCCCGUCGAGGACCCCAUGUACCCAUUGGCCACAAUGCACCGAAGGGUUUGAGGGAGCAGAUUGACUCCAGGCUGUCCAAAGUCCAGGAGAUCUGUUUUGAACCACGUCUCCUAUCAGAAGAAGACGACAGGCUGAAGCAGGGAUUACACAUUAGUUGCUACAAUUACCUGUACAGAAUGAAAGCUCUGGAUGCCAUCCGUGACUCAGGAAUUCCUCUGCAGGAGAUAAGCCGCAGUCCCAGUGCAUUUACAGGACGCAACUUUAGGAACUGGCUACUGGAGUUGCGCAAUUCCCACUCUCUGAUAAAGAGCAGCCAUAGCGCCCUCAUUGACCGCUUGCUUGAGGGCUACGACAUUGCUCGCCAUGGGACUGGGGUGUUUGGGGAAGCAGAGUUUCUUGAGUACCAACAAGCUCUCAACGAACUAGCUGAUGUGGUGAAGGCCUAUUCUAGCACCACCAGUCUGGACCAGCAUCACCAGUCCGCAGCCAAGGACCUGACGGGGUCUCCUGUCCGCAGCACUCCUUCCACCAUCCAGGUCACCUACCUGCCCUCUACUGGCCAGCGCAGCAAGAGGCCCAAACACUUCCUGGAGCUCAAAAGUUUCAAAGACAACUACAACACGCUGGAGAGCACGCUGUGAAACACUGCUGUUAUGGACUGACUGUCAGAAAAUGCUGUUAUGGUGUGGGAGCGUGUGCGCACAAUGGUUACACAGCCUACUGGGUUGUGACAGACGGUAACUUCGUUUUCCAAUUAAGCUAUAAAAUCGUGACCCAAAAAUUAAGUUUGGGAAAACUUCUCCUUACCGUAAGGUCAGAUAGGGCAAUGUCUCUUGUCUAUCAAGUAAUUUAAAAGAAUUACGUAGAAAAAGCUGCAAUUUAUAAGAGUUAUUAAAAUCUUGCAGUCACAGGAUUUUUUUUCCUCUCAUGACAAAGCCUUUGUGUGCAUGUUACACCAAAGCCUUUGAUUUUAUUUUGGACCUAUUGAGUGUGUUCAGAGGACAAAUAUGAUCGUAGCCAACCUGGCAAGGUUUUCAUUGUCAAGUUAAGGACAAAUCACCUGGAUUCAUUUUUAUUUUUUCUUAAAAGUCCAAACGUAAAUAUGAAUGUACCUUUUGAGUCAUUGUGUUUGUAGAGAUGCAGGAUAUUUAUACGGAUAAUUAUAACUUAUUUAAUUGAUACUGUGUGAUUUUUGUAUUUAUGUGAGGUUGUAUACUGUUGGUGUUUGAGAAUAAAACCUUACA